AUGCUUGGUAAACUUUUGAUCGCGCUCAGCGCGACGGCGCCUGCGCUCGCGCAGAAGGCGGGGUCGUUUGUGGAGGCUGGUAGUACGCAGGUCAGCGCUAUGAUGAUGUUCCUCGGGAACGAGGAGAAGGUGUACAUCCUCGACAAGUCUGAGGGCAACGCCGCUCAAAUCAACGGCCACCCCGCCUGGGCCUCGGUAUGGGACAUCAACACGCACCAGACCGAGCUCAUGGAGAUCUACACCAACUCCUUCUGUGCUUCCGGCAUGCACCUCCCCAAUGGCUCUUUCGUCACCUUCGGCGGAAACAGCGCUGUCGGCGUCGGCGGCGCAACCAGCACCGACGGUGGUAUCCACGACACCGCAUACGGCGCCUACGACGGCCGCAAGGCCAUCCGCGUCAUCAACCCGUGCACAAGCAGCGAUGACUUCUCCAGUACCAACUGCCAGUGGUACGACAACCCGUCCGUGCUCUCCAUGCAGAAGAUGCGGUGGUACUCCGCGGCCGAGGCGCUCCCCAACGGCACGGUCGCCAUGAUCGGCGGCUUCACGAGCGGCGGAUACGUCAACAGGAACACGCCCAACGAUGAUCCGGCUUACGAGGGCGGAGGCGCGGAGCCGACGUACGAGUUCUAUCCAAGCAACGGGCAGACGCCGCAGGUUUUGGAUUUCAUGGUCAAGACGUCGGGAUUGAACUCGUAUGCUCACUCGUAUUUGAUGCCUUCCGGGAAGAUGCUCCUCCAGGCCAACCACUCAACCACCCUCUGGGAUUACGAGACCAACGAGGAGACGCCCCUCCCUGACAUGCCCAACAACGUCGUCCGCGUAUACCCCGCUUCUGGAGCUGCUGCGAUGAUGCCUCUUACCCCCGAGAACAACUGGACGCCUACUAUCCUCUUUUGCGGCGGCAGCGACAUGCCCGAUGAAUACUACGGCAACUACUCCUGGCCUCACUACAACACCUGGACACACCCCGCCUCCAAGGACUGCCAGCAACUCACACCUGAGCCUCAGGACGGCUCCACCCCCAAGUACGUCCAGGACGACUCGCUUCCUCAAGGCCGCACCAUGGGUCAGUUUAUCACCCUCCCCGAUGGCACCAUGCUCGUGAUCAACGGAGGCGCCAACGGCACCGCCGGCUAUGCCAACCGCACGCUCUACACCGAGACGCUCGACGAGAUGCCCUUCUACCAGUCGCUCGCGUCCGACCCCGUCGGCCAGCCCGCGAUCUACAACCCCAAGGCGCCCGCUGGACAGCGAUGGAGCACCGCCGGGCUCGGCUCGAGCAGUAUCGCGCGGCUGUACCACUCGACCGCAAUCCUCCUGCCCGACGCGUCCGUGCUCAUCGCAGGCUCGAACCCGAACAUCGACGUCCAGACCGACGGCGUGCCCUACCCGACGCAAUACACCGCCGAGAUCUUCUACCCGCCCUACUUCUCCGCCUCCGUGCGGCCCUCGGUGUCCGGCGCGCCCACGACGCUCACGUACGGCGGCAAAGCGUUCGACCUCACCGUCGCCAAGGGCUCGUACGCGGGCGGCGCGAACGCGGCCGCGGCGAACACGACGGUCGUCCUCGCGCGCGGCGGGUUCACGACGCACGCGUACAACAUGGGCCAGCGCCAUCUGCAGCUGAACAGCACGUACAGCGUCAACGCCGACGGCUCGUUCGUCCUGCACGUCGCGCAGGUCCCGCCGAACCCGGCGCUGCUCACGCCCGGCCCCGCGCUGCUGUUCACCGUCGUGAACGGCAUCCCGAGCAACGGGACGAUGGUCCUCGUCGGCAACGGGCAGAUCGCCACGCAGCCGACCGAGGCUGUCGCCGCUCUCCCCGCGAGCCAGACGUCGAGCAACGGCGGGAGCUCCAGCGGUGGCGGCAGCGGCAAUGACAACGGCAGCGCAUCUUCGGCGGCGAUGGCCGGUGGAGCUGUCGUGGCAUCUGCGAUGGGCAUCGUCGCGUUCCUCACGUUCUUGUGA